AUGAGACUAUGGACCGUGUUGGCCCUGCUGGCCACCUUCUUCGCCUCUGUGCAGGCCCAGUCGGCUCUGCUGAAGCUAGCAAGUCAGAUGCCCAAGUGCUCUUUGACCUGCUUCACCAAAGAGCUUCCCUUGUCCACCUGCGCCACCAACCUUACCUCGGCUUGCAUGUGCAGCAACGAUGAGCUGAACGCCAAAGUCGGCGUCUGUGCCAUGCAGACAUGCACCGUCGCCGAGCUGUUGCAGACGAAGAAUGUGUCCUCGAACGGUUGUGGUGUCCCGGUCCGCGACAAUGGCUCAAUCUUCAAUGUCAUCGGCAUCACCGGCAUAAUCAUCGCCGGCAUUGCCUACCUCCUGAGAAUGGCUGCCAGUAUUGGCAAGGGCGGUCGCCAGGUGUCGUGGGACGACGCCACCAUGGGCCUCGUCGUGAUACUGGCCAUUCCUCCCGCCGUCUUCGCCCCGAUCCUGGUUGAGAACGGACUCGGCAAGGACAUGUGGACGCUGCAUCCCCACCAGAUCACCAACCUGCUCAAGUAUUACUACUUCGGAGAAAUCUUCUACGUCGUCGCCCUGGGUGUCUCCAAGAUCUCCAUCCUGUUCUUCUACCUCCGCGUCUUCCCCGCCAAGGAGUUCCGCAAUGUUAUUUACGUCGUCAUGGCCUUCUCUGUGGCCUACACCAUCUGCUUUGGUAUCGUCACCGCUCUGCAGUGCCGGCCGGUCAGCUACGCAUGGAACCAGUGGGACGGCCUCCACGAAGGAAACUGCAACGACAUUCACCUUCAGGGCUGGAUCGCGGCGGCAAUCAACAUCGCGCUGGAUACGGUGGUCAUGAUCCUUCCGCUCAAGCACUUGGCCAACCUCAACAUGGACUUGAAGAAGAAGCUCAUGGUCAUGGCCAUGUUUUCGGUCGGCAUCUUCGUCGUCUUCACCUCGGCCAUCCGUCUCUACUCGCUCAUCCACUUCGCCAACUCGGAAAACAUCAGUUGGGACUACGUCGAGGCCGGCUACUGGAGUUUGAUCGAGGUCUACGUGUCGAUUCUGUGCGGAUGCAUGCCGGCGCACCGCUUCGUCUUCGCCAAGGCUUGGCCCAAGAUCAAGUCGACCAUGGGCUCGACCAACAAGAAGUCGACGAACGCCAGUUCCAACUUCUCGCGGACGACGGAUACGACGGCGACGAAGACGGGCACGGUGAUGAGCAAGCCCAAGAACGGAGACGAGGGAGACUUCGUCCCGCUGGUGGACGUCGAGACCAACAGCGCUCGCGCCGUGUCCGCCAACGAGUCGUCGCACGAGCAGAAGUCGCAGUGGAUCAUGCAGACCAGCACGGUGCAGGUGACGACGACCGAGGGCCAGCUGCCCGCCCGGCCGGAUAGCUGGACGACGGGCCACAGCCCGACGAGCAAGGAGCACGUGUGA